GUCGAUUAAAAAGACGGGUGUUCUUGGCUUUUUCAUUCUUCCUCUACAAUCUACAGUCACAGGAAAAUCAAAGAGACUUCCGGACUCGUAAAGCCGAAAACUCCGAAGAACUUAGAACUUAUUAAAGCUCCAAGCUUCCAAUUUCAUAACUACAAAGAAAUUAAAUUGGGAAAUAAAAGAAAAUGGAGCAAGAAAAAGCAUUAGAACUGGUAAAGCAAGGCUCAACUCUUCUCUUUCUCGAUGUUCCUCAGUACACUCUCAUUGGCAUUGAUACCCAGGUUUUCUCCGCUGGCCCUGAAUUCAAGGGUAUUAAGAUGAUUCCUCCUGGAGUUCAUUUUGUAUUUUUCAGUUCAUCUACCAAAGAUGGAAAGGAGUUUUCAUCCAUCGUUGGCUUUUUUAUUGAGACAUCCACAUCUGAGGUUGUUGUUCGUAAAUGGAACCUGGAAGAAGAAAGACUGGUGAAAGUUCCAGAUGAAGAGGAAGAGAGAUAUGCUCAGGCUGUGAAACAGUUUGAAUUCGAUAGGCAUCUUGGCCCUUACUCACUGAGUGAUUAUGGAGAUUGGAAACGUUUGUCAAAUUACAUCACUAAGGAUGUCAUAGAGCGUAUUGAACCAAUAGGAGGGGAAAUCACAGUGGCAUGUGAAUCAAGCCUAGUUGGCAACAUUCCCAAAACUACCAUGGAGAUAGCUUUAGCUGAACAAUUAAAGAAUAGUAAAUUCAAUAGAGAAGCUGAAACUUCAGAUAAGAAAGGAUGCUACUAUACACCUGUUCCUCGCGUAAUCAAGCAGAAAGGAAUUUCUGUAGCAGAACUUACCUCUGUGAAUCUAGACAAGACUUAUAUUCUGGAAAGCAUUCUUAUGAAAGAGUUUGAGGGUGAUGAAGACAGACUUCUUGGUGAGCUGCAAUUUGCAUUAAUUGCGUUUCUGAUGGGGCAAUCACUCGAUGGAUUUUUACAGUGGAAAUCUUUGGUCAGUCUUCUGUUUGGAUGUACCCAAGCUCCAUUUCAUACCAGGAGCCAGCUUUUCAUAAAGUUCAUCAAGUGUGUAUAUUAUCAACUAAAAUAUGGAUUUCAAAGGGGUCAUGCAAAUAAUAGCACAAUAGAGAAGGAAUCGUCAUUAUUGCUUGACGAUUCAUGGUUUACUUCUGAUAGUUUUCUGCAUCACCUUUCCAAGGAAUUUUUUUUGCUGGUUGAUGAGGCCUCAGUUGUUGAUGGCGAUCUUUUAACAUGGACCAGAAAACUAAGAGAAUUGCUCGAGAACACACUGGGUUGGAAAUUCCAGCGGAAAGGUGCAGUGGACGGAUUAUAUUUUGAAGAUGAUGACGAGUAUGCUCCAGUGGUUGAGAUGCUGGAUUAAUUUAACUAGAUGAAUCAGGUUUCAUGGGAUGAUUUACAAAAAUAUAGCUUUUAAGAAACUUAUUUACGGUUUUGCAUUG